CAGACCGUGAGCACCCCAUUAGACCAACUGCUGCAGCUGCUUGGGCAUGGCGUUAACGAGUAGUCGUUUCUCGGACCUGGAACCAUCACUCUCUGCUCCUGUUUUGGAAGCCUUAACCAAUUCGGGCUUCGAGUACUGUACUCCUGUUCAGGCCGCCACUAUACCUUUACUGUGCAGCUACAAAGAUGUGACUGUCGACGCCGCCACUGGGUCUGGUAAAACCCUAGCAUUCGUCUUGCCCCUCGUUGAGAUCCUUCGUCGCUCUUCUAAUCCUAAACCUCACAAGGUAAUGGGUAUAAUUAUAUCACCCACCAGGGAGUUGUCGUCACAAAUAUUUCAUGUUGCUCAACCAUUCAUUUCGACAUUAGCAAAUGUUAGGCCUAUGCUUCUUGUUGGGGGACUAGAAGUAAAGGCAGAUAUCAGAAAGAUAGAGGAGGAAGGAGCAAAUUUGUUGAUUGGGACACCUGGAAGGCUAUAUGACAUAAUGGAGCGCAUGGAUAUACUGGACUUUCGGGAUCUUGAGAUCCUGAUAUUAGAUGAGGCUGAUAGGCUAUUAGGCAUGGGAUUUGAGAAGCAGCUAAAUUCAAUUAUUACUCGUUUACCUAAGCUUCGUAGAACGGGUCUUUUCUCUGCUACUCAAACUGAGGCAGUUGAAGAACUAUCAAAGGCAGGAUUGAGAAAUCCUGUCAGGGUUGAAGUUCGGGCAGAAGCAAAACAGCUGAGUGGUUCUGCAUCGUCUGGGAAUUCGACCUCAUCUAAAACCCCUUCCGGCCUUCAUAUUGAGUAUCUUGUAUGUGAAGCCGACAAGAAAUCAUCACAGCUUGUACACCUCCUAACGAAGAACAAGUCAAAAAAAACUAUAGUCUAUUUCAUGACUUGUGCUUGUGUUGAUUAUUGGGGAACUGUUCUUCCACGUCUCUCUUGUCUGAAAAGUUUUUCAUUGAUCUCUCUUCAUGGAAAGAUGAAGCAGAGUGCAAGGGAAAAAGCACUAGCAUCAUUUACAUCUCUUUCGAGGGGUAUCCUUUUAUGCACAGAUGUAGCAGCACGUGGACUUGAUAUUGCAGGUGUUGAUUAUAUAAUACAGUACGACCCUCCUCAGGAUGAUAAAAUGUUUAUACAUAGAGUAGGCCGAACAGCUAGGCUGGGCCGACAAGGAAGUGCAGUUAUUUUUCUAUUACCAAAGGAGGAAGCCUAUGUGGAGUUCUUGCGUAUAAAAAACGUUUUCUUAGAAGAGGGGGAAUGUGCCUCUGAGGCUCCUGCUAUUAUCGAUGAAAUACGGUCAGCAGCAAAGAAAGAUCGUGAUGUAUUGGAGAAAGGACUCAGAGCCUUUGUGUCAUACAUCCGUGCAUAUAAAGAGCAUAACUGCUCUUACAUUUUGAGGUGGAAGGAGCUUGAGAUUGGGAAGUUGGGCAUGGGAUAUGGUCUUUUGCAGCUUCCUGCAGUGCCUGAUGUGAAGCAUCAUUCUCUUUCUCUGAAGGGAUUUACUCCAGUUGAAGAUAUCAACCUGGAGGAGAUCAAGUAUAAGGACAAGUCCAGGGAGAAGCAAAGAAAGAAGAAUUUGCAAGCGAAAAAAGCUGCAAUGGCACAACAACAAGAACAGAAGAGACAGAGACCUAAAAAAGAAGCAAAUUCUACAGCAACUGCCAUGAGAAAGAAAACUGCCAAACAGAGACGUGCUACGCAGUUCGUUGAAGAUGAAGAUGAGAUUACAAGGGAGUACCGCCUAUUGAAAAAGCUAAAAAAGGGAGCUAUCAAUGAGAACGAGUUUGCAAAAUUGACUGGGACUGAAGACUUGCUUCCUGACACAUGAUUACAUCGAGGCGCAAAUUCUGUCAGUGAAAUACAUUCAUAUGUGGUGGUUGGAGAUGUUAUAUCAGUUAUCUAGCUAAGAAAGAUAAGUAUGUCGGGAUCGCCCAGAAGCCGAAGUUGAUCAAGCAAUUUUUGGAUAACAAGCAAAAUCAUUCAUCAGUUACCUAUGAUGCUACCUUGCAUUGGAUUGCAGAUCCAUGGAUAGAGUGACCAAAUUUUGUUCUAUCUGACCUUUUCUUGUGAUUUUAUU